AUGUGGAGACAUUUAUCGAGACAAUCCAAUUUGCGGAAGCUCGCAAUUUUAUCCGAAACCCAUCCCUCAAUCAACGUGUUUCACGCCGUGAAAUCCCCCCAAAGUUCCAUUUUCGCUGAUAAAACAAGAUGCAUCGAGCCUCACGGCGAAUUGGGCUCCGGUCGAGAUUCAAUCCUCCAGCGGCAGCCGCGCGAGUUGAGCUUCCUCAGAAAUGCGAGCCCCAAUUACGCUUUCAGACAUUUUGGGACUUCCAGGAGCUACGCCUCUGUGGCAGAGGCUGUAGCGUCCACAUCCGAAGAAGAAGCUGAAGAAAUCCAGGAACUAAUCAACGAAAUUGCCAAGCAGACUGAUGUGAAGGGCCCCACUGAUCAGAAGCAGCAAAAAACGGUGAGCGGCAUGCCCGUGGGAAAGUACACCGUUCUCAGGAGGAGACAGAUAAAAAUAGAGACAGCGGCAUGGGAAGAAGCCGCCAAAGAAUACCAGGAGCUGUUGAUGGACAUGUGCGAGCAGAAAUUAGCGCCCAAUUUGCCGUAUAUGAAGACGUUGUUCCUGGGGUGGUUCGAGCCGUUGAAGAACGCCAUUGUUGCCGAGCAGGAAUUGUACAAAGAGGGCAAAAAUCGGACGGCUUAUGCUCCUUACAUCGAUCGAUUGCCGGCGGAUAUGAUGGCGGUUAUCACGAUGCACAAGCUGAUGGCACUUUUGAUGUCGGGGGGUUGUAAUGGAAGUGCUCGAGUCGUAAAGGCCGCGCUUAAUGUUGGUGAAGCCAUCGAGCAAGAGGCAAGGAUUCACAAAUUUUUGGAGACCUGCAACAAGAGGAAACUUUCAUUAAACAGACUUGAUGAAGCAGACCCUGAUGCAAAGAAACAGGAAAAACUGAAAAAAAAGGUCAAAAUUUUGAUGAAGCAACAAAAGCUGCAUCAAGUUCAGAAGAUCAUUAAGCAAUUAGAUGAUGUAAAGCCCUGGGGCCAGGAUGCUCAACUAAAGGUAGGCUGCCGUUUGAUUCAGAUUUUGACAGAAACUGCUUAUAUACAACCUCCAGCAAAUCAAAUGGAGGAUGCCCCACCUGAUGUUAGGCCCGCAUUUGUGCACGCGCUCAAAUCUAUGGAAACAUCGAAAGGAAGCAGGAGAUACGGGGUAAUCGAGUGUGACCCUCAUGUUCGGAAAGGACUAGAAAAAACUGCUAGGCACAUGGUGAUACCAUAUAUGCCGAUGUUGGUUCCUCCCCUAGAGUGGAAAAGUUAUGAGCGAGGUGCUUAUUUGUUUCUGCCGUCGUAUAUAAUGCGUACUCAUGGAGCAAAACAGCAACGUGAGGCUGUUAAAAGAGCUUCAAAGCAGCAGUUACGACCUAUUUUUCAGGCACUUAAUACUCUUGGAAGUACCAAAUGGAGGGUGAAUAAAAGAAUUCUAGGUGUUAUAGAUAGAAUCUGGGCUAAUGGAGGCCGUCUUGCUGACUUGGUUGAUCGUGAUGAUGUGCCCUUGCCGGAGGAACCAGAUACAGAAGAUGAAUCAGAAAUAAAGAAAUGGAGAUGGAAAGUAAAAGGCGUGAAGAAGGAGAACAGCGAAAGGCACUCGCAGCGGUGUGAUAUUGAACUCAAACUAGCUGUGGCUAGAAAAAUGAAGGACGAGGAUGGAUUUUACUACCCUCACAAUCUGGAUUUUCGGGGCCGCGCGUAUCCAAUGCACCCAUACUUGAAUCAUCUUGGCUCUGACCUGUGUCGGGGGAUCUUGGAAUUUGCUGAGGGCCGUCCGCUGGGCAACUUGGGCUUGCCCUGGCUGAAAAUACAGCUGGCUAAUUUGUAUGGAGGUGGUGUUGACAAAUUAUCUUACGAGGGCCGAAUAUCGUUUACGGAAAACCAUGUGGAGGACAUCUUUGACUCUGCCGAUCGGCCUCUUGAAGGGAAGCGGUGGUGGUUGGGUGCGGAGGAUCCUUUCCAGUGCUUGGCUACUUGCAUGAACCUUGCUGAGGCAUUGAGAAGCCCGUAUCCAGAGAAUACGAUUUCACAUUUGCCUAUCCACCAGGAUGGCUCGUGUAAUGGCUUGCAACACUAUGCUGCUCUUGGGAGGGACAAGCUGGGAGCAGCUGCAGUCAAUCUUGUUGCUGGAGAUAAGCCAGCUGAUGUUUACUCGGGCAUUGCUGCUAGAGUUCUCGACAUAAUGAAGAAAGAUGCUGCUGGUGACCCUGCAACUGAUCCCAAUGUUAAGCAUGCUAGGCUGUUACUUGACCAGGUGGAUAGAAAAUUAGUGAAGCAAACAGUGAUGACAUCAGUGUAUGGUGUCACUUACAUAGGUGCCCGUGAUCAAAUCAAGAAGAGGUUAAAGGAACGCGGGGUGAUUGAGGAUGAUGCAGAAUUAUUUUCCUGUGCUUGCUAUGCUGCCAGAAUAACCUUGACUGCGUUGGGAGAAAUGUUUGAGGCUGCACGAAGCAUAAUGGGCUGGCUUGGAGAUUGUGCAAAGCUUAUAGCUACAGAAAACCAACCCGUGCGUUGGACUACGCCACUUGGACUCCCUGUUGUCCAACCCUACCGCAAAUUGGGAAGGCACAUGAUUAAGACCUCUCUCCAGGUUUUGACUCUUCAACGAGAAACUGAUAAGGUGAUGACAAAGCGGCAGAAAACAGCUUUUCCUCCAAAUUUCGUGCACUCUCUCGAUAGCUCCCAUAUGAUGAUGACAGCUACUGCCUGCUCUGAGGCAGGUUUAAAUUUUGCAGGUGUGCAUGAUUCAUAUUGGACACAUGCAUGUGAUGUGGACAAAAUGAACAAGAUCCUCAGGGAAAAGUUUGUCGCUCUAUAUGAGGCUCCUAUUUUGGAAAAUCUGUUGGAUGGUUUUCAAAAGUCCUUCCCGAAGCUAAUAUUCCCCCCACUGCCCGAACGAGGGGAUUUCAACCUAAAGGAAGUUCUCGAGUCUACCUAUUUCUUCAACUAG